AAGUACAAGAAGCUAAUGAUGAAAAAUCAGCGGUAAAUAGAGAUGAAUCACCUAAUCCAAUUAACGAGGCACAAACUAAUGGUGAAAAUUCGGCGGUGAAUAUUAGUGAAUCAACUAAUUCAAAUAACGAAGCAAUUAAUAACGAAACAAAUUUCACGAGGAUAAUGUUACGUGAGCGUGACGUAGAAAAUGCGGAACCUUUUCAUAUCACUGUCACUCCCGAAUUAGGGAGAUUUGCUACGCCCGGAAUGAUUAUCACCUCAGAUUUUUAUAAGUUAUCUAAUGGGUUUUGGUAUUGGGAUAAAAUUAACUUUCUGAAAAUGUCUCACCUGGGAAAUACAAAUUCUUCUUUGAAUGUCGCUAUUUUAAGGGAAUUGGCAAGAAAACAAUUGACCAAUGUUUUAGAUUCAGUUAGAGGGAAAAAAUGUUUAGUACUGGAUCCAAAUAUUAGUGCACCUUUGAGUUUAAUAGCUGAAUUUUCUUUGUUAAAGGAACAUGGCGUAGAAAAGGUGCAUUAUCUACAACCAGGACCUUUCGAAACCGAUCUAAAAAGUUUGAUUUAUAUAUGUCGUCCCCAAUUGAAUUAUAUGAAAUAUAUUGCUGAACAUAUAGGUCAUCAUCAAAAGAGCGAUCCCUCAUCAGAUUAUGAAUAUAAUCUUUUCUUUGUUCCUCGAAGGACUAAAAUUUGCGAAAGGGUUUUAGAGGAAACCGAAUAUCAUCUAGAUUUAAUACCGUUUGAAGAUGAUUUAUUGUCUUUAGAGUUGGAUAAUACCUUUAAAGAGCUCUACUUGGACGGUGAUUUUACUUCAAUUUAUUAUGCGGCAAGAGCACUUAUGAAACUCCAGACAAAAUUCGGCCUUUUCCCGAGAGUAAUUGGAAAAGGGGAUUGUGCUAAACAUCUAGCUGAUAUGUUACUUCGUAUGCGUAAAGAAGUUGCAGUAGACGAUCCAUCGUCCACAUUAUCAGUAUCACAGAGCAUCGAUUCUCUAAUUAUUAUAGAUCGAUCCGUUGAUCUCAUUACUCCUCUUUGCACACAAUUAACUUAUGAAGGAUUGAUAGAUGAAGUAUUUAGUAUAAGGGCUUCACACGUAGAAGUUGAUUCAUCUAUUGUGGGCCCUGCCUCACAAAAAUCAGCUGCUGCAACAUCAGCAACUACAUCGACGACUACUACCACACCGGCACAACCUUCGCCUCCACCUCCAGCUAAGAAAAAAAAGAUUGCACUUAACUCCAGUGAUAAAUUAUUCGUUCAGUUGAGAGAUAUGAAUUUUGCAGUUGUAGGAGGAGUUCUUAAUAGAGUUGCAAAAAGGAUCAAUGAAGAUUAUGAAGUUAGACAUCAAGCAAAAACAGUUGCACAAAUUCGUGAAUUUAUAAAUAAAUUAGGAGGGCUUCAGUCUGAACAUCAAUCAUUAAGGACUCUUUUAAUUUUAGAUACUGGUAUAGCUGAAGAAAUUAUGGCAUACACUGUUACACAUGAAUUUAACAAAGCUCUUGAGGUGCAACAAAACUUAGCUGCAGGAAUAGAUAUAAACUUGCAAAAUGACUAUAUUGAAGAAAUGAUCAACCGGCAAGUGCCAAUUGUGCAAGUGUUAAGAUUGUUGUGUCUACUGAGCAUUGUAAAUGGUGGCUUGAAGCAGAAGAGCUUUGAAUUUUUUAAAAAAGAAAUUUUACAGACGUAUGGGUUUGAACAUCUUCAAACACUCUUGAAUUUGGAACGCUUAAAUAUGUUCGUUAAACAAGGAUCCACUAAUAAUAAGUUUAGUAGCAUCAGAAAACAGCUUCAACUAAUUGUUGAUGAGGUUGAUGAACAUAACCCACAGGAUAUAUCUUAUGUAUAUUCAGGAUAUGCUCCGUUGAGCGUACGUCUGAUACAAUGUGUAACGAAAGGUUGUCCAACAUCCAUUAACCCCGUGGGUACUGGCUUGGCUAAUAAUGUUGUUGGGACUGGUGUUUCUACUAGAAGCAUCGGAUGGAAAGGGUAUGAAGAUGUUCUGAGAAUGUUACCAGGAAAAUCAUUUGAUGAAGUUCAGAGACUUGAUGAUGGAACUAUCCGUUCAAAAAAAUUGAUCCAGGGACAGCAACCUCGCGUUACUCUUAUAUUUUUCUUAGGAGGAUGUACGUACACUGAAAUUGCAGCAAUAAGAUUUAUGGCUCAGCAAGAAGAAGGUCAACGAGAAUAUGUAAUUGCUACGACUCAAAUUAUCAAUGGCAAUUCACUAUUAAAUUCAAUCAUGCAAAAGAUAGAUCACUUGGGUCAUUCUACAAGUGGAA